GCGGCUCGGCCGCUCUCGGGCUGGCACCGAGCGGAGCGGCCGUCGGCCACGGCGGAGCGAUGAUCCGCCGGGAAGACACUGAACGGGCAGUGGAAAUUCUGACCAGAUACCAAAGCACCCUGCGGUCCCCGGAGGAGCAGGAGCUAAAAGCCUCCAUUGGAAAAGUCUCGCACAUCUUCCAAAGUGAACUCUUCCAGGCUCUGCUGGAUAUCCAUGAAUUCUAUGAUUUCACGCUGCGCUCUGCACCCCUGCAAUCUCCGAGCCUGGAUGCACAUCAUGGCACAGCCAGGCAGCAGCAUGGGGCCAGCGAGCCCAGCUCUGCAGUGACCCCCAGAGAGCCCCAAAACCUGCCUGAGGAUUCCUCCUGGGACCGUGAGCGGAGGCUUCCCACGGGGACCGGGGACAGCGCGCCGGGGACGCCACCACGGCUGGUGAGGGUGACAGCACGGAGGACAGAGGCACCAACCAGUGUCUGCAGCCUGGUGCUCAGCUCUCACAGCACCCUGCCCCAGAUGAAUGGCAGUGAUGGGAUGUUCAAAUAUGAGGAGAUCGUCUUGGAAAGGGGUAACUCCGGGCUCGGCUUCAGCAUAGCGGGAGGAAUCGACAACCCCCAUGUUCCGGAUGACCCGGGUAUCUUCAUCACCAAGAUCAUCCCCGGGGGAGCGGCAGCCAUGGAUGGCCGUCUAGGGGUGAAUGACUGCGUGCUGCGGGUGAACGACGUGGACGUCUCCGAGGUUGUGCACAGCAAAGCUGUGGAGGCCCUGAAGGAAGCGGGCCCCGUGGUGCGGCUCGUGGUGCGGCGCCGGCAGCCCCCGCCAGAGACCAUCAUGGAGGUUAACCUGAUGAAGGGCCCCAAAGGCCUGGGGUUCAGCAUUGCAGGGGGCAUUGGGAACCAGCACAUCCCUGGCGACAACAGCAUCUACAUCACCAAGAUCAUCGAGGGAGGUGCUGCCCAAAAGGACGGGCGCCUGCAGAUCGGGGACCGGCUGCUUGCGGUGAAUAACACAAACCUGCAGGAUGUGCGGCACGAGGAGGCAGUGGCUGCCCUGAAGAACACCUCUGACAUGGUGUACCUGAAAGUGGCCAAGCCCGGCAACAUCCACCUCAACGACAUGUACGCGCCCCCCGACUACGCCAGCACCUUCUCAGCCUUGGCUGACAACCACAUAAGCCAUAACUCCAGUCUGGGCUACCUGGGCAGCGUUGAGAGCAAGCCUGCCUAUCCCGUCCCAACCCAGGUGACUCCGUCCCGAUACUCGCCUAUUCCUCGGCACAUGAUUGGAGAUGAUGACUUCACCAGGGAGCCGCGGAAAAUCAUCCUGCACAAAGGCUCCACUGGCCUGGGCUUCAACAUUGUUGGAGGGGAAGACGGUGAGGGGAUCUUUGUGUCCUUCAUCCUGGCUGGAGGCCCUGCUGACCUCAGCGGGGAGCUGCGGAGGGGAGACCGCAUCCUCUCGGUGAACGGCGUGAACCUCCGCAACGCCACCCACGAGCAGGCGGCAGCGGCGCUGAAGCGGGCGGGGCAGACGGUGACCAUCAUCGCGCAGUACCGGCCCGAAGAGUACAGCCGCUUUGAGUCCAAGAUCCACGACCUGAGGGAGCAGAUGAUGAACAGCAGCAUGAGCUCCGGCUCUGGCUCGCUCCGGACAAGCGAGAAGAGAUCCCUCUAUGUCAGAGCCCUGUUUGACUAUGACCGGACCCGGGACAGUUGCCUGCCCAGCCAGGGGCUCAGCUUCUCCUACGGGGACAUCCUGCACGUCAUCAACGCCUCCGAUGAUGAGUGGUGGCAAGCCAGGCUCGUCACACCCCACGGCGAGAGCGAGCAGAUCGGGGUCAUCCCCAGCAAGAAGAGGGUGGAAAAGAAGGAGAGAGCACGAUUGAAAACAGUGAAGUUCCACGCCAGGACUGGCAUGAUUGAGUCCAACAGGUCGAUCAAAACGAAACGUAAAAAGAGUUUUCGCCUCUCUCGAAAGUUUCCAUUUUACAAGAGCAAAGAGAACCUGGCCCAGGAGAGCAGCGGACAGGAACAGGGCGUGACAUCAAACACCAGUGACAGCGAGAGCAGUUCCAAAGGACAAGAGGACACCAUCCUGUCGUACGAGCCCGUGACACGGCAAGAAAUUCACUAUGCGAGGCCGGUGAUCAUCCUGGGGCCAACAAAGGACCGAAUUAACGAUGACCUCAUCUCGGAAUUCCCACACAAGUUUGGUUCCUGCGUGCCCCACACUACCCGGCCUCGGCGGGAGAACGAGGUGGACGGACAGGACUACCACUUCGUCGUAUCCAGGGAACAGAUGGAGAAAGACAUCCAGGACAACAAGUUCAUAGAGGCUGGGCAGUUCAAUGACAAUCUCUAUGGGACCAGCAUUCAGUCAGUGCGAGCAGUGGCAGAGAGGGGGAAACACUGCAUCCUGGAUGUGUCUGGCAAUGCUAUCAAGAGGUUGCGACAAGCACAACUGUAUCCCAUUGCCAUUUUCAUCAAACCAAAAUCCAUCGAAGCUCUCAUGGAGAUGAACCGGAGACAGACGUAUGAACAGGCCAACAAGGUCUUUGAUAAAGCCAUGAAACUUGAGCAAGAGUUUGGAGAAUAUUUUACAGCCAUCGUACAAGGAGACUCUCUUGAAGAGAUUUACAGCAAAAUCAAACAGAUCAUUGAGGACCAGUCUGGGCACUACAUCUGGGUCCCGUCCCCAGAGAAGCUCUGAAGAUGUCCCCCACCUGCUUCCUUGUGAGCAGAAGAUCUCUGAAGUCCCACCCAUCCAAGCCCUCUGCCCUGAGGGGGAGGGAUAUGAAAACUAUUCCUGCCCCCUUUUUUAGAUCGUCGCAAAAUUGAGUUUUCUAGUCCUGUUUCUUUUGUUGGGAUGAACUCAUAUCAUUCAUCACGUGACUGUUCCCACCAUUCCUGCAUGGACCUUCCCACUGCUCCAUUAGAGACAGAUGAGAACCCAUUCAAGGUCGUUUUUUAUUAUUAUUAUUAUUAUUAUUAUAUUAUUAUUAUUAUUAUUAUUAUUAUUAUUAACUAAACAAAGAAUCAAGAUGGGAGGAGGCGGAUAAGGACUAAUGUAAGAAACAAGUGAAACAAUGGACUCUGAACAUGAGCUGGUAUCAGAGCUCCAGGGGCAUUUUUCCAAGUGUGACUGUCUAGCAGCUCUGAACAGUGCGACACAUGGGCAGCAGAAAGCAUUUUAUUUAUCUGUAUAUGUAAUUUAUAUAUAAUAUAUAGAGAGAUAUUAUAUAUAUAUUAUAUAUAUGUAUGUAUGUGGACUAGGAAACCUGAGGGACCUCUCUGGAAAGGUAUUGUGUUAUUGCAAGGUUCUUUCAGUUCCUCUGUCCCAACCACUGGGCAUAGGGAGUCCACUUGGGCAGGAAGAGCUCAAAACGGUACCAGGUGCUUUGGAAGCAUCUCCCAUCCAGGCCAGUUCCCUGCAGCCACCCUGGGUCUGAGGCAGAGCAGAGACUGGUACUGCCUGUGCAGGAGGGACCAGAGCAAGGAGCAGCAGCUGGUCUGAGAGAGGCUGGGAGACAGAGACUGAGCAGGAGGCUGCGGAGCAAGAGAAUGGAUGAUACUACAUAUUAAAUUGCACAUUGUUUUACACACCACCUUAUGUGUUUGCAUGAGAGGUUUCCUUUUGGUUCUAUUUUUUUAAGCUGAUUUUAAACCAAAACCAUAUUGUGUUGUUGUGUUGGCUUUUUUUUUUAUUAUUAUUAUUAUUAUUCCAUUUUUCUCUUGUUAAUAAUGAACUGAAUGGGUAUAAAAUCCAGUUUUUUAACUUAUUUUUUAAGCUGGCUCUAUUGUAAAUAGAAUCUAGAUCUGUGGUGUUUAGUUAAGAAAUACUCUACUGGCCACAUGGAA